AUGUCCACUUCUAAUUGUAGAUUCUAUGAGAACAAGUACCCAGAAGUCGACGAUGUCGUCAUGGUCAACGUGCAGCAGAUCGCGGAGAUGGGUGCAUAUGUGAAAUUGUUAGAAUACGACAAUAUCGAGGGCAUGGUGCUAUUAUCGGAGUUGUCGCGGAGACGUAUCCGUUCCAUUCAGAAGUUGAUCCGUGUGGGCAAGAACGAGGUGGUGGUUGUGCUGCGUGUGGACAAGGAGAAGGGCUACAUCGACCUCUCCAAGAGACGGGUGUCGAGCGAGGACAUGAUCAAAUGUGAAGAGAGGUACCAGAAAUCAAAAGCCGUGCAUUCGAUCCUACGCCAGUGCGCGGAGAAGUUCCAGUUUCCACUGGAGGACCUGUACAAGACCAUUGCAUGGCCGUUGAGUCGAAAGUACGGCCACGCCUACGACGCGUUCAAGCUCUCGAUUGUCGACGAGACGGUAUGGGAGGGCAUCGAGCCGCCCUCUGCGGAGAUAUUCGAGGAGCUCAAACAGUACAUCAGCAGGCGUCUGACCCCGCAGGCCAUCAAGAUCCGUGCGGACGUCGAGGUCUCCUGUUUCAGCUACGAGGGUAUCGAGGCCAUCAAGGAGGCGCUGAAGGCCGCGGAAGCCACCUCCACAGAGCAGAUGCAGGUCAAGGUAAAGCUGGUCGCCGCUCCUUUGUACGUCAUCACCACCCAGGCGCUGGACAAGAACCAAGGUAUUGAAGCGCUAAACCACGCCAUCUCCAAGAUCGAAGAGUACAUUGCCAAGUACCAGGGUGUGUGCAAUGUCACUAUGCCACCGAAGGCGGUCACUGCCACUGAGGAUGCAGAGUUGCAAGCAUUGCUGGAGAGCAAGGAGUUGGAGAAUAGGUCCGAUUCGGAGGAAGAGGAUUCUGAUUAUGAGUAA